CUGGUGGUAUCCACCAUUGGGCUCGCGAUUGGGGCCCCCAACUAUGCCGCCUGACAGGCACCGAGAUAAGCCGUGACAAGAGGCUUCCUGCUGUGAUGAUAGAUUAAGUUGGAGCAAUUGUUAAGAUUCGUAAUAUGAGUGCACAAGAAUUAACAUUUGCCGAGGUUGCACGUAUCCGAAACCUCGCCCCAAGCACUGAAUGGGCCAUCAAAGCGGUGAAUGCCUUCUCGAAGGCGUCGACAGCCGAGCAGACUGAGGUCCGCAUCGCGAAGCCGGCGACCGCGCGCGAACUUCUCGAGGAGCUCAUCUCCCGCCAGCCGGCAGGGCGCGGAGGUGGCGCAGGUUCGGCAGCAACGGGCGUAAUAACGACUGUCAUACAAGGCGGACCCGACACCAGCAUGGAAUACAUCCGGCGUGUCCUGGUGAAGCCGUACCCGUUGGGCGUGACUACUAAUAAUGUCGGCGGCGGCGGCGUGCCGAUGAGCGCACCAGCAGCAGCAGCAGCAGCAGCAGUAAAAGCAGCAACAGCAGUGAAAGCAGCGGCGUGCUCGGGGCUUCUGGCCGAGCCGCUGGAUGCCAAGCUGCCGGUGCUGGGCGCAUUGGUGCAGGGGGCUUUGCUUGGCGACAGCAGGCUCGGGGAGUACGUGACGGUGGAGACGGGCGAUGGGCUUGCUGCCUGGGCUCACAAGCUGCGCCUCACCACGACUGCCGCGCUGAGUGGCAUGCAUCUGUUCAUCAGCGACAAGCUCGGGGGCUCGAAGACCAUGACCACCGUGAAAAUGGCCCUGCUGGUGGACGCAACGCUGUCGCUCGCCCUCGAAAACCUGGGUCUUUACACGAGCAUGGACCGCGCCGCUGCAGACGAAUCGUAUGGCGCAGCAGAGCAGCAGCUUCGCCCCGACUUCCUCUUGUGGGUGGGCAACGCUCUGCUGUUCAAGGGCGAGGAACACGCCUCAGACAUGCAGAGCGCUAUUGCGGGGUUGUGGGCCAAGAUGGCGACCCCAUGGAUCCCAGCCCUGCUGCCGGACGCCAGCAUGCCCUGCAUGUUUGCCUACGCAGCUGCUGGAAACUCGGUGAAGUUCUUCGCUAUUACCAGCAGCGGCGGCGGCGGUUCAGUGCGGAUGACGACCAUCAGCGAGCACCUGGACAUCGGCACACCAUUCGGUCGCAUCCAGGUGGUGCACCACAUCCUCAAGAUCCUGCAGGUCCUGGUGGCGUACGCGCCUCACGUGCCAAGCAUCCUCAUGCCCCUUGGCGGCGUGAGGAAGGAGGUGGGACCCCUCGGCAACGUCCUGCGCAGUGUGACGCUGUUCCCAGAGUUUGUGCGGAAGAGCGUGGACCUGUCGCAGCAGGACGGCAGCACCAUGGACUACCAGGGGCUUGCGGACAUGUACCGCGCCCUUGGCGGCGUGCGCUGCCCCAACCUGGUCCGCCUGCACUGCCGCGGCGGCAGCAGUGGCGGCGGCAGCGGCGGCGGCAUCCACCUGCAGCCCGACGGCAAGACGGUGGUGCUGUACCUGGAGCCCGUGGGGCUGCCACUGCAGCGCGCGCCGCCGAGCGAGGCCGACCUGCGGCGGGCGGUCCGCGACGUGCUGGCGGGCGUGGCGGCUCUGCACGCAGCAGGCUUCGUGCACCGCGACAUCAAGUGGCAGAAUGUGAUCAGGCUGCCGGCGGCCGCCGCCUUCACCACCGCCGCCUCGCAGCAGCCGGCGGACACGUACGUGCUCAUUGACCUGGAGCACGCAGCGCCCGCGGACUUCCCGCUGGACUGCGGCCAGCCGCCGCCGUACCAGCUGCCCACGUGGCCGGCGGCGCACCUGCUGGACCCGGCCACGGGGCGCUACACGCGGCAGUCCGACCUGUGCAUGCUGGCGGCGGCGCUGAUGAGCUACCUGCCCUUCUCGCUCAGCGACAGCGGCUGCGACCUGCGGCAGCGGCUGGUGACGCGGCAGCUGCUGAGCGCCGAGGCGGCGCUGCAGCACGAGUGGCUGCUGCAGGAGUAGAUGAGGCGCGGCGGCGGCGGCCGCUGCCGCUCGCCAUGCUGCGCCAGCUGGUCGGGUGCGUGGAUGGCUGGCAGUAGCGGCGGCACAGAACCGCUGGCAGCAGGCCGAGGUGUGUGUGUGCAGCCGCGACUCUUGCUGGAUGGCUGACACUGCGCUUCUGCGGGAUGCCGCGGCGAGGCGAACUGCUGGCCGCGCUAGCUGCAGCUGGGAGGCGUGGGGCGGGGUAACAGAAGCCGGAAUGGCCAGACGGCCAGUGGUGCUGGAGAUUCAGUGCAGCAACACGGACCAGCAGGGUGCGUGUGGGCGCGGCAGUGCACUAGCAGCGAUGACAGCCAGCCGCGUGCCGCCUAUCGGGAGUAUUGCUUGUGGGCAGAUACGUGCAGUGGCGGCACGCAGCGGGAGCGGGCGACGGCGACCCGCUCUUCGCGGCGGUGGGGCUGCGCACGGUGGGGGCAGGAGGGGAAGGAGUGGUUUACGCGGCGGCUAAGGAGCCUGCUACAGGCGGUGUGGGAAGGGGCCGCAGGUAAAGCCGGACGCGGCUAGUUUCUCAGCUCACAGCCUGCGUAGGGGCCGCGGGGCUACGGCAGCUGCCAAUGCGGGGCUAUCGAUUGAAGACAUUAUUACGGCGUACGGCCGGUGGAAGUCUGCGUGUACAUUUGUAGAUCAACCUUACAGCAGCGGCGGCUAGUGGCGAGAGUGUGAGCAUGUGGGGAACCAGUCUGGGGGUAGUUCCUGCCCGCCGGCGCAAGCAAGGUAGGCGCGGCGGGGCAGACCUGGUUUGAAAGGGCGGCGUUUGGUGGGCGCCGCCGGGCCGGCUGUGGGGAGAUGGAUCCAGAGUUCUAACCCGCACGUGUACGGCCCGCAAUCCCCCAUAUCUGUUUUGCUGCUGCCUGGACAUAGCGUAAGCAGGUUUGCGAACGGACGCUGAAGGCGGCAACGUGGCUGAGAGAGACAUGGCACUGAGUGCAAUCAAGACGAUGCGGUGUUAUUUUGUGGG